UCGUUUUCUUAUAUUUUGUCGUUUUAAUGUUCUAUUUGUUUUUUCUUUUCAGUAGUGUUCAGAAUUUUCUGUUUUAUCCUAUAUUUUUAUCGUUGUAUAUAUGUAUAUAUUUCUUUUUAAUUAUAGAAAAAAUGAUUCUGAUUCUAUCUUGAAUAUAUUUCGUGAUAAUAUAUAUGCAAUUUAAUAAUAAAACAGUAGCUUUAAUUGGAUCCAUAAAGCUAUUCUCAACAACAGCAGCCAUGGCCACCGAUUUCAAGUCCAUCCCCAUAAUUGAUAUUAGUCCUCUGUUGGCCAAGUGUGAUGAUCCAAAAAUGGCUGAAGACCCAUGUGUUUCUGAGGUGGUUAAACAAUUAGAUCAAGCUUGUAAAGAAGCAGGCUUUUUCUAUGUGAAGGGACAUGGUGUACCGCAAUCUCUUUUUAAUCAAGUAAAAGAACAAACCAGGAAUUUUUUUCACCUUCCAUAUGAAGAAAAAGUUAAGAUCAAACUCACUCCUGCUACUGGAUACAGAGGAUAUCAAAGGAUUGGAGAAAACAUAACUAAAGGUGUACCAGACAUGCAUGAAGCCAUUGAUUGCUAUAGAGAACUGAAACCAGGGGCUUAUGGAGAUCUUGGAAAAGUUAUGGAAGGAUGUAACCAAUGGCCACAAGACCCCCCAAAAUUCAAGGAUAUGAUGGAGGAAUACAUUAAUCUUUGUACAGACCUUGCAAGAAACAUAAUGCGAGGAAUCGCAUUAGCAUUGGGUGGAUCUCCAUACGAAUUCGAAGGAGACAGAGCUGGUGAUGCAUUUUGGGUAACACGUAUCAUCGGUUACCCUGGAAAAUCAUCAGAAAAUAGCCAAGAGAAGCCUACACAUGACAUUGGAUGUGGAGCUCACACUGAUUAUGGUUUGUUAACAUUGCUUAAUCAAGAUGAUGACAUAACUGCACUUCAGGUGAGAAACCGGUCAGGCGAAUGGAUAUCAGCUCCUCCUGUUCCGGGAACAUUUGUGUGUAACAUUGGCGACAUGUUAAAGAUUUACUCCAAUGGCUUGUACGAAUCAACUUUGCAUAGAGUUAUCAUUAGCUCGCCCAAAUAUCGAGUUUCAGUUGCAUAUUUUUACGAGACGAAUUUCGAUGCAGCUGUUGAGCCUUUGGAUGUAUGCAAAGUCAGAGUAAUUGGUGAGGCUAAGAAAUUUGAUAGAGCUGUUUAUGGAGAGCAUUUGGUAAAGAAAGUCCUCACAAAUUUUGUGUAUUAAGAUUUAAGAUCUCAUCACCUUAAUAAGGGAUAAUUUCGCAAAUACACAAAAAUAACAAAAUAAAAAUAAAAAUAAAAAAAAUACAAAAAUAUAGUUGUACGUACAGAAUUUCAAACAUUUUUACAAUUUUAUUUUUUUAAAAAAAAAGACAAUCUUUUAAUGUAUUUUUAUAUUGUACUCUUAUUAAUUUGCUGUUAUUUUUUUUAUUACUUUUAUAUAAUUUUGUUUUUGUUUUUUUAUAGAAUACCAAGAAAAAUAGUGCAUUAUGUAAUUAUCUAUUUAUGUAAUUGUGCUAAGUUGUUAUUCUAUGCCUUUAAAUGUCUGUAACCAAACAUAAUUUGUAACUUAAUACUGAAUUAGAUUAAACAAAAGAAAUUGUUCAUGG